GCCGGGCACACGCUGAAAUACUGCUCUGAGAAGAAACUUCUGCAUAGAAAGGUUGAUAUUUUGCAAUGGACACAUGUCUUCUACAAAAGUGAGAAGCCGUUUGAAUAAUCCCAAACCAAGUGUGGGGUGACUGACAACCCACAAUGGAGGGACCCAGUGAUGAAGAUUCAUCUGAUGAUCUUUACCGUGCAGGAGAAGAGGACACUCCAUCAAUGCAAUGGUCCAACAGCGAGGGUGACGGUCAACAAAACAAGUGUACUAAAGGGCCAAGACCCACUGUGAAGAUGGCAGCCUGCCAUGUCAACAUAAAUCCUGUCCACACAAAGACACAACUAGAGACCUUAAUGGAAGAUCUGGGCUUGGAGCAGCUCUACCCUGAGAAGCUAUCCCUGAGCACAAUACUUCAGAUUGACCAGAAGACCGUCACUGAUGAACCUGCCAAGUGUAAUUCAGAUCUUCCAUGGUAUUUUCUGAAGAAGCUAAUGAUGGUUAAUGUGACAGCUAGAAAUUCAAAAUGUACAUCUGCAUGUGAGUCAAACUUUGGUGCUGCAUCAGGAAAGACAGAGUUAAAUUUUGAUAAUCUGUUGGAAAGUCUAAAUUUAGGUGACAGGCUAAACCCCCUUGACAUAAUCACUGCUCUCUUUUUGUGUUCUGAUGGUUUUGUGCGGCAGGAAAUGGCACUCAAAAUGUCUAUGUGUCAGUUUUCUGUUCCUCUGUUACUUCCUAAUUGUGACACAAAGCAGUGCACACUCAUGCUUUGGGCCAUGAGAGACAUUGUUAAAAAGUACAGACCUCAGUCACUUUCAGAAUCCAAAGGGUUUAUUGAAGACAGAAUUGUUCUCUCUGAACUUCCAAUGAUAUCUUUUGUGAGACUGGGUGAGUGCUCCUUGUCCAAGUCAGAGAUCCUCAAUAAGCUUCUGAGCAAUUCUCAGCAGUACCAUGAUACCUUUGUUCACUCUAACAUGGAGUGUGGUGACAGUCCAAGGAGAAUAUCCAAUGGACUGGUUGAAAUCACAUGGUAUCUUCCUUGUGGGAACAAAAACAUGGAUGUCUUCAGUGAGCCAGUAGCUGUAGCUAACCUUCGUGGGGACAUUGCUUCAUUUGAAACACAAUAUUCUUUUUUGUGUCAGACAUCUGCAGCAGUUUUUGUGUUCUUUGACACUUUGGACUCUGAGUGUGAGCUGCUUACCAACCAACAACACAAGGCACAGAUCUUCUUGGUUGGGAAUCAUCAAAUGAAUCACUCUGGUAAAGAUGCUCUAAUAAAGGUAGCAACCAAGUUGGGCUUGACAAACAGCAACAUCCUUUUGAAGACUAAACAAAUGAAUGAUGCAGACUUUGUAAAAAUAAUGGAGAAAACAGUAAGCAGUGUAGUUGAAGACGCAAAAAAGAAGAUGGGGAUUGAGCAGAUGGCUGACAUUGCGCAUGAAUUGGGAAUCUGGGUUGAUGAAGAUUCUUCAGAGUGCCAGGCCGCCAAGCAAAAGGCAGAUGCCAUUACUGCUGAAAUUCAAGAUAUCCUUGAAUACAAAGAAGCUCAGCUGCCCUUGCAAGGCCAAAUAUGGAAGGAACUGACUCGCUUAGAGAAGGAAGAAUUUCGGCUUCGAAAUGUUGGGUCUGAAAAAAUAGAAGACUACAAAAGUGAUCUUCAGAUGCAGAAAAAAAAACUUCGGCAAAAACAAAACUCUUAUGACAUAUCAAAUGCAAUGACAUAUUUCAUCAAUGCAAUAUCAAGCCCAGGGACAGAGAGGUCCUAUUUCCUGAAAUGGAUGCGAAUGAACCUCGAUAACGUGUCCCGAGAGAAAUUGUCUGAUCUCAGGGAGCAGUACAAAGAAAAAUGCAAAAAUUCUGAAAACAAAGAAGAAAUCAAAGACAUUGACAGACAACUCUCCAACAGCUCAUUGGGGACUGAACACUUCUUCCGUGAAAUGGGUCAGAUCUAUGAAGCUUCACUUUCCCUUCCAGAAACAAACCUAUCACGUCAACAAUUACAGCAUCUGCCCGAACUAUGUGCACAAUUGUUACUUGAUGGAUUUCCCCUUGAGCUUGUAGAUGGAGAUGCAUCCAACAUACCUCUCAGAUGGGUGAGUGACGUUCUUUCUCAGCUCAAUGACUUGAUGUCUCCUAAGAGCAAGAUACUGGUUGUCACAGUUCUUGGAGUUCAGAGCACAGGGAAGUCCACUCUCCUCAACACCAUGUUUGGAGUGCAGUUUGCAGUCAGCAGUGGUCGAUGCACUCGUGGUGCCUUUAUGUUGCUCAUCAAAAUCAAUGAAGAUGUCAAAAAAGAACUCAACUGUGACUUCAUGGUGAUCAUUGACACCGAGGGCCUGAAGUCACCAGAGCUUGCACAACUAGACAAUAGCCAUGAGCACGACAAUGAGCUUGCAACACUUGUUGUGGGGCUGAGUGAUAUCACUAUCAUCAAUAUUGCAAUGGAGAAUUCAACAGAAAUGAAAGACAUCCUACAGAUAGUUGUGCAUGCUUUCCUCAGGAUGAAAGAGUUGGGCAAAAAGCCCAAAUGUCAGUUUGUUCACCAGAAUGUGUCAGACGUUUCAGCCCAUGAGAAGAACUUACGAGACAGGAAACUGCUCUUGCAACAGUUAAACGAGAUGACCCAGGCAGCAGCCAAAAUGGAAAAGAAAGAGGAGAACAACAGCUUCACUGAUGUGAUGGAGUACAAUCCAGACACUGGGAACUGGUACAUUCCUGGACUCUGGAAUGGAAACCCACCAAUGGCACCAGUCAAUGCAGGGUACAGCGAAGCUGUGUAUGAGCUCAAGAAGAACAUUAUCCACAUUUUGGGAAGUUGUGAAUCAUCUGCUAAUGAUAUAUUGGAGUUUACAGAGUGGAUGAAAAGUCUUUGGAAUGCAGUAAAGCAUGAAAACUUCAUCUUCAGCUUCAGAAACAGCCUGGUGGCUGAUGCCUACAUGAGGCUGUGCACAGAAUUCAACAAGUGGGAAUGGGAAUUCAAAAAAGAAAUGUACACGUGGGUUACAAAUGCAGAAACAAGGAUUCACAACUUUGGUACAGUUGCUGGGAAAUCUGAGAUAUCUGACAUGUCAGAAUGUCUCACACAGUUAAAAAGGGAAGCUUGCACAGUGCUGUCUAAAUGGGAGACAAAACUUCUUGAAAAUCUGGCACAGUACUUCAAGCAAACAGAGGGUCAUGUCUAUCUAGUUGAAGGAUACAGAGAGGACUUUGCAAGCAGUGCAAAGAGUCUUCGACGAGAAAUGGAGAGCUCCGUGUUCAAUCAGCUCACAGUAGCAGCUGACAUCAGACAGGGAAUGACAGAACUUGACAGAAUCAAGGAGAACCACACAAAACAAUUAGAAGACAGAGUGUGUGCAUUGAUAGACGAAUGUCGGGGAAAAAAAGUCAAGAUGGCAGACAAAGAGCUCGACAUAGAAUUUGAUAAGAUGUGGGAAAAAACAGUAAAUGAACUCUCCUUUCCUGAACAAAAGACCAUAAAUGUCACCACAUAUGUGUCCCACUGCCUGAGAGACAAUCUAUCACACAAAGGAAGUCAUGCAUGUCAAUUGUUAAGUCAAAAAGAGCUGAAAGAUUGUGGACUGUUGCCUUUCAAAUGUACUGCGGAUGGACGUUUCAACCGGCUUCUACACAAAGUCAGCAAGCUCAUCAACUAUGAAGAUCAGGUAAUGGCUUUACAAAAACUAGCGGACUGGAUCAUUGCAAAUUGCACACAGUUUGUGACUGAAAAAAUGGAUAGAAAAAACAAUUACCAUGGCACUUACAUCCAGGAGAUCCUUCACAUGAUUGACGAAAGGCUGCAAAACAAUCAGAGUGUUAAGAUAGAGAUCGAGUUUGAAGUCUCCCUGAAACAGCACAUCUGUGGAAUUGCAGCCAGACAGUUUCAGAAAAUGCAUGAGGAUUUCAUACAUGCAAAUGAUCCCUACAGAUGUCUGAAUCAAAACAAGGAAAAGUUUCGCACUGAUUUUAAAGAUGUGUUCCAUAAACGAGACCAGUGUCAAAAGAAGGCAGAAGAAUUCACGAAUCGCUGCCUGAGGCCUGCAGUCGAAGACUUUGUCAACCGUUCCUUGGGUCCUGAUAUCAUUGGUGAAAUGCUGACAAAACAGAAUUUCAGCACACGAAUGUUCCUCCAGUAUUCAAUUUUACUGGAGUUGCUAGCAAAGGAUGACUUUCAAAACUAUCUGAGCUACGUUAGCUCUUAUGAGGAGUAUGUAAAGAAAUGGAUACUCAACCAAAUAGUGGAGCGCUUCUCAAAUGGGUCUACAACGUUUGAGUUUGAGGAAAAACAUGUUCUGUCAAGCAUCAAGAGCAUAAAUGAUGCUGUCAACAAAGCUAAAACAGAAAAGUGUGGCAACUUGAAGUCAUUCAUUAAAAAUGUCUGUCAGGAACUUGGUGAUAAACUGGUCAUUUCCCAAGAUGCUCUUGGUGCUUUCAUGAUCCUGAACAACGCCGACCAGGAACAGUUUGCUCACUGGCUGACUCAGUGUGUGAAGGACAUGGCACAAGUGCUUCGAGUGAAGUUUAAAAAAACAAACAUCCAAAUGAAACUAAUAAAACUAAAUGUAAAUCCUCAGAACGAGCUUUUCACCAAACUGAUAGGAUGUGGUCAACAGUGUCCAUUCUGCGCAGCGCCUUGUGAGGCAGGAGGAAAAUUCCACACUCAGCACUGGACUUCACUACAUCGGCCAAAAGCUCUGGGUAGAUACAGAUGGGAUGGGACGGAAAAACUUGUCACUGACGUAUGCUCUUCCUCUGUGAUCAGUGACAACCGUUUUCGGUGCAAAGCUACAAAAGGUGAAUGGUACCCCUACAAGAAUUACACAGACAUUUACCCAAACUGGAAAAUUGUUCCAGAUGUAAGCCUUGAGGCAUCAGACUACUGGAAAUAUGUAUUGGCGAAGUUCAACGAGCAUUUUGCCCAAGCAUUCAAUGCAAAGCCUUCUGACAUUCCUGCAACGUGGAAAAAAAUCACAUGUAAGCAAGCAGAAGAAAGCAUCAAAGUCUCUUUUAACAUCAAGUGAGAGAACUUCAUGCUUUGUGGUUUUAGAGGUGCACAUACUCAUACAUAUUCAUUAUCCUCUCAUGGAUAUUUAGAUCUUACUUGUUUUAUAUGAUUUAGAGGAGAAUCACAAAUACGAACAUGACAUAAGGAGAUAUCAAGGUUGAAGAUAUUGUAAGUACACAAAUAUAUUUCACCACAAUAGCUUACAAUAGGAAAAUAUAAGACACAUUUAACAUGUUUAAUAAAAAUAAUCUCCUUCAACUAUGUUUAUUUUGAUCAGAAAAAAUGUAAAUACUUCGUUAUACAUAGGUAUAUUGAGUCAAUAUACAUGUUAGGGGCACAAGUUAGAAACAUACUAAUCAGACUUUGAAUUAAAUGUUUUUGUGGAAGAUGAUUGUCACUAUAUUGUCACUGAAAAGAUGUCAAAGUGAUUUAAAAGUAAUACCUUUUUUAUUAAGUGUUUUUGUUCUGUUGAUUAUCCAAUCUCAAGUACUAACAUUUCUUUUACUUUUUUUAAAACACCACUCAGUCUUUUGUCGUAAUAUCAUAAAAAAGAGGUUUUAUCUGAUUAAGUAUGAUACCAGCUGUUUCUUUCUAUGAAGUAUCUGAAUGAAAACAUUUACAUAUUCAAUCUAUUGAAAGAUCAAAGGUGGAAGUUGUCUUUCUCAUCUAAUUGAGUAUAAUAUGUUUUUAUCUCAACUUUUUAAGCUUAUCAAGUCUUUUUUUUUUAAUUUCAUUUAAGUAUUUGGCUCCAAAUAUUACAUUUUAAGUUCAUGUUAUGUCUUUCACAACAAAUGUACAAUGUUUCUUUUUUUUUUUGUUUCAGCCACAUAUUUACAUAUUUGAAUCAUUUGGUUCUUAUGUGUUUUUUACAUUACAUCUUUUUUUUUUACAUUUAUACAUGACAGAAAGAUUUUCAUUGAUAAAGUUUUGUGUGAUAUGUAAUUAUUUUUACUCUGAACUUAGAAUAUCUUUGUUUCAGUAAAUUAUCUGUUGAAAAAUGCAAACACCCGUUUAAAAAAAGCGGGUGUUUUCGUGUGGGGUCGCUUCAUGUGGACAGAAUUUUUUUUAUCAUGUCUGAUAUGUUAACUUUUUUACUCAAUAAUUGCUUUGUUUACGUUUUUUUGAAGUAUCUGAUUGCCCAUAUUUACAUUUUAAAAUAAUUCAAAAUAUCUUUCUUUCUUUCUUGUUAACAUGUAUACUUAAUUACUCCUGUUUACUGUUUCAAUAAAGAGACAAAACUGUCA